AUGCAGGCCUCAACCUCUGAAGCUGAAGAUACCGUAAGCGAAAUUACCGUGAAUACCGAUGCAAAAAAGAGCAAAUACAACGUCACCAAAGGCAAAGAGAAUUUCGUGUGGACAGAUACCGAAGUUGAGCUACUACUUUCAAUCACACAGGAGUACAAAACACGGAAAACUAACGAAGGAGUUUAUUGGAGCAGUUGCAAAAACAAGUACAGUGAAUUAAACGAAAUGUUUGUGGAGAAGUUGAUGCUUGUUGAUCAAACCGAAGGCGAGUAUCCACAUGAAGUAGUUGAGUUUCAACAAAAUCCUGCUAGACUUUCUCGUAAAAUCAAACAAUUGAGAAAUAAAUAUGCAACUGCUGUGAGAGCUGGGAAGAAAAGUGGUGGGGGUAGACAAGUUUUCAAGUUCUACGACCUCUGUCAGGAUGUUUUUGGGGGGAAUGCUGCAGCCGAGCAAAUACCUGGAGGUAUUGAAACUAAUCAUCAUGGUCCUGAACCUAUCAGUGGCACAAUGGUAAACCAAGAAAAUGUUGAACCAAGUCAACAGGAAAACACCACACUUGAUUCCGACGAGAAUUGCUCUGGAGAUGAAUUAUUUGUUCCAGCAAAAGCACAGCCAACCAAACGCCGUCACCUUAUCACUGACCAGAGGAGGUUGGACAGCCAAUUAGGCGAACAUCUCGACCAAUCAGAUUGCGCCAUUUUCUUCAUGCUCGCACGAAGCUUUUAGCAUCGAAAAUUUACAUAGGGCUCAUAAAUAUCGAUUUUUUUCAUAUUGUUAUGCAAUUUUUUUGGAAAAUUUCACGCGAUACUACUUUUACAACAGUCAAUCUACCCAUUGGAACGGUAUCUUAAAAGGUAAGCGUCAUUUUCCAGUUUAUUUUGACCUCUCACUUAGGCGCUAUACCGUCGCGAUGUAAUUUAAUGGCGUUUCUGUCAACAAUCUUUGAAGACAAAAAUCUCAAAUCUCCAUGGUUCGAUUUCUCUAUUUUUUUCACGAUUAGUUAGAUAAAAGUAUAAUCUUUAAUUCUAUCCAGCCGGCCCCCCUCGGCCUCUCAACCGUUUUCGAGAUAUUCACCGUUGAAUAUAGCCCUUUGUGAAAUAUGCUGCCUUGUCACUCAGAUCAAUAAUGAACUGCUAUUUAUACUAGCUUUUUUCUAAAGAAAUUUGAUAUACUACAGAAGUCUCGAUAUAUUACGGAUUUAUAUGUAUUGUUUAAAGUAUGUAAGUAAUUAAAGCACUUCUGUAACAAUAUUUUAUUGCUGAAAUUUAUUGUUUGGCUGAUGUUUUAGAUUUGAGAUUCGUGAUUUUGGCUAGUGGAUUCUAUUUUUGUCAAUGAUUCUGUCUGCAAGAAUUAUUAAAGCAUCAUCAUUAAAUUCGGAGUUCUAAACUUGUUCACCUCUCUGGUAAAUGUUAUUGAUAUGAUGACUUCUGGAUUUUCAAAACUAACCCAGAGACAACCAGAACAACUACUCAUCCACCUGUUUCAAUAAUGGCUGGUAAAACUUAAUCCUGGUUUAGAUGCUAAAUUCAAAUGUACCUCAAAAUUUUCUCCCACUUGUUGCCAAGGCUAUGUCUGUACUUCAUGCUGGUCAAAAAGACAAUCUGAUUUAUAUAGCUGCUCGAUGCUUUGGAGAACAACGCCAUGGAGAUGUUUUAAUAUCUAACACCAAUUAAAAUUGGUCCUAGAAUGCCAUUGGAUAGAAUGCCCUUUAUAGCAGUGAAGGCCCACUUGGCCUUAUUUAACAGUAUUUUGUAUAAAUGCUGUUACACAACUAAUUCAGAUAAAGUUUGAGAAAUGGUUGUUCUUAUGCACCUAUCAAUGUUAAGCUCCACAGAGGGGCGUCGGACAUAUGUGGGGCAUUUGAUUUUUUGAGCAAAUUUUCAAUCAAAUGUCCCACUGUUGGGCAAUAAAUAUCGGCCAAACACCCCAACAUUUUGCAAUAAACUGCACUAAAUACUAUGUUAAUAAAAGUCAUUUUGGUUCAAAUUGCACUAACUCAGGCCCAAAAUCCUAAUCAAAAUCCCUAGGGUUGGGAUGCAAUUAAUGAUCAAAUACCCUACAUCUGGGACUUAAUAUUGAUAGGUGUGCAUAUGCAGGGUUUUUUUGUAUUGUCAUAUAAUGUACCACAAAGUAUCAGCAGCAUGUUAUUGUGGGACCUUUGAUCAAUAUGUAUAUAAAUAGACAUAUUUUUGUUCUAUUGUUGCAUUAAUUUUAAUGAAAAAUUACUCACAAAGUUGGUCAAGUGAAUGUAUAAACUAUUUAUUUAUUCAUUUAGUGUACAGCACAUGUUACAAUUAUGUACUUAAUUGACAGACAUUGUUUUAAUGACAGACAUUGUUUUAAUUGCACCCACUUGUGAUUAACCUAGUUUUUGUUUAUUAAAAAUGCUGACAAAAAAUCUAAAAAGUUAGCCAAUUGAAAUAACAGCAUUUCUAUAACUUGCUAAACCUAGUCAGUUGCUAUUAUAUCACAAACAUAUGUCAACAUACACUCAUGCUCUUCUUUACCACUUGAGUCUCCCACUCACCACAUUACUUUAAUGAAAUUUUUGGAUAAAAUACUAUUUUAAAAUGUAAGUCAACCCUAUACUUGAUAUGCUGAACAUAGACCUCUAAGAUAUCUCCUGCGGCAAUUAGUGGGUGCAAAUACUUGCAUAGUUCGGAAGCAAUAUUAAAUAACCAACAUGUGUCCAUCCAGUUCCAUAUAGUCCAGAUCAAUUGCACUUGGGUCCAUUGGAUUCAAUUGCUCUGGCAUAUUCUUACAUUCACUGGUUUAUCUUGUCCAUGAAGAGCAAGUAUAUUGCCUGUUCCAAAUGAUGUUGGUAGUUUUUCUCAUGAGCAGCGCUGGUGCACUUGAAUGGUACAGCAUGGAUGAUUUCGUUCUCGUCACUUUCAUCCUCAUCACUUAACUGGUCACCACUUUCUGCCGUAUCACCUUCAUUACCAUAUAUCCAUCCUGACCAGGUUCAAGACCAGCCAACCACUCAAGUAGAUUUCUUUCUACAAAAUCAUAACAAGAAAUUUUUUAUUUUAUACAUACACUGUAAUCUCUAAAAUUAGCAAUCUAAUGCAAAAGUGUGUCACUAUUUACAGUAAUAUUAGAACAACACACAAAUAUGGCAAUAUUACUUACAGAUGAAAAUUGAAAAAUAUAUAACUACUGUAUAAUAACUAUCACAGUGACAGAGUACAUAGACACACACAAUAGGGUCAAACUAGAGGCAAUAAACACAAAUAUUACGCUAUAAUUUUGUGCAGUGUAUUUCUGAAAUUACAGUACAGUACAACUGUACAGUACAAGAAUAAAAACAACAAAGCGGAAAUUUGACUAUAAAAUAACAAGAUAACUGUAAUGCAUUGUAUUAUACCAACCUUAAAUACUGCGCUUGUUUUCACGUUGAUGAUACACGAAGAUUUAACGCCAUCCAACUUAGAAAGAAGAGCCUUGCUAUUGGGAUUUGGGAAUAUUUAUAUAAACACAAUUCCUUCGCUCAGACGGAUUAUUUAUGAACUAAACUAAAAUGACAGCACGUCCCAUGCAAUUUUAAAAAAGGUAAACUUGGUAUAGCAAAACACAAGUCAUAAUGAGGAUCGCAACACUACAGCAAUAUGCUGUUCUGACACAAUAGUCGUUCGAAAGCUUCCAUAUUUGUUUAGUCAGAGAGAUGUUCACUCCUCGAUAGUCAACAGUCAAUGAAGCCACGCCGUGGAAUUAGGCGCUCAAUACCCAUGAUGCUUUGCGGCCUGCUGUCCAACCUCCUCUGAUCACUGACUUAAGAAGUCAAAAAUUGAAAAAGAAAAUCACCACAGAUCAGCAAAUGAUUAAUAUAGCCCAGAAAGAGCUUGUCCUACAAGAAAUAACCUGAAGUUCAGGCCCUAAUUUGGGCAUGGUAGACUUUACGGGUAGCGGAUUGCGGAGUGCGGAUUGCGGAUGCGGAUUGCGGAUGCGGAUUGCGGAUGCGGAUUGCGGAUUACGGAUGUGGAUUGCGGAUGCGGAUUGCGGAUGCGGAUUGCGGAUUACGGAUGCGGAUUGCGGAUUGCGGAUGCGGAUUGCGGAUGCGGAUUGCGGAUGCGGAUUGCGGAUGCGGAUUGCGGAUGCGGAUGCGGAUUGCGGAUUGUGAACCCAUACAAAUCGUUUAUUUCUUCGGAAAAAAGCCACAAUAAUUGCUUGAAGCUACUUGUAGCAAUGCUAAGCCCCCUAGGAAAUGGCUAUAUAUGUCUUGGUUAUAACGGAGUAUAUCCGUGUUAGAAUAUUUCGACAAUAAAGAAUAAACCAAGUUUGAAUAAAAUGAAACACGCAGAUUCAAACAUUUCGUAAGUCACAUCGCGUGUACGGCGUGUAUGGAGCUAAAGAAUUCAUUGACCGAUGACAAAUAGUGACAAAGAAAAUAUAGUGACGUUUAGUGUUUACUGCUAGACGUACAUCCAGGCUCUAAAUAGUUACUUUCAAGAAAAAUUAGGUAGAUACAUAGAUGUUUAUUUACCCUAAUCACCACAAAUGUUUAAGUUGUUAAUAAACAACCUCAAGAAAUCGGAUUUUGUGCAAGGCUGAUAAUAUUCUAUUUAUUUUAAUUAAUAUUCUGGAGGAAACACAGUGAAGGUUAGUUUUUAUAGUGAAUACUAUUUAUCAAUACUGAUUACUGUUGAUUUGAAACUCGAUUUUGAUAAUUAUACAGUGUCGGUGAAACGAGGACGCAAAAUCAAUGGACAAUGGCGGAUUUUCAAGAAAAUCAUUAUUUUCAAAAUAGGCCGUUUCAAUUUUAAUAAGUUUUCGUUUCAACUGUGUCUUUAAAGGUUUAUAACUAUAUAUUUUGAAAGCUUCAAAUGCGUGUGCUUAUAUGCGCAGCAAGGUGAGAUUUUGAAAAUGUAAUAUAUAUUUUUGAAUUUCCGUGGCAUAACAACAGUUUGUUGCGAACAUUUUCUCGGCGAAUUUUCUACUAACCUGAAUAUAAAUCCAACUAAAAUGUAGGCAUUUUCAUAAGCUUUCAAACCAUCCGCGUUGCAUGGGUGUAUGUCGUUAAAUUUCGAAUUAAUAUAAGCGGUUGAACCUCAUGCCUAAAACCAGACAUUAUAUUGUCCGACUAGAAUGUGUAUUCCGACGGCGAUUUUUACACCCUCGUUUAGGCAACGAAUUCUCGCUCAAUAUUCUAGCUACAAUAUUAUAGCUCGUAUCAAAAUGUAGCUGAAUUCGCCAGCUAUCUGACAAUUUACGUAAAAUUAUUGUACCUGUAAUAUUCGCACAGAUAUAGUCGAAUAAAAGUCGUAUGUUUAUGUUGCAUUAAACUUUCUAAUUAUAAUUCUGGUUUCAAAUUUUGUUUACAUUGUGUGAUUUUGACCCCGUCGUUUAGACAACGUUUUCUCGCUCAAUAUUGUAGCUACAGGAAUAUAGCUCCCGCUAAAAUGUAGGCAUUUUCACCAGCUAUCUGACAAUAUGGGUAAAAUUAUUAUACUUUUAAUAUUCGCACAGAUAUAGACGAAUAAAGUCAUGUUUAUGUUGCAUUAAACUUUCUAAUUAUAAUUCUGGUUUCAAAUAUUGUUUACAUUUUGUUAUUUUGACCCCGUCGUUUAGACAACGUUUUCUCGCUCAAUAUUGUAGCUACAGGAAUAUAGCUCCCACUAAAAUGUAGGCAUUUUCACAAGCAUUCAAACCAUCUGCGGUAGGGGUGAAUAUCGUUAAAUUUCGAAUUAAUAUAAGCUGUUGAAACUUUUGCCUAAACCAGACAUUAUAUUGUCCGACGGUAAUUUUGACACACCCUCAGCUGGCCUCAGCUCGUUUAGACAACAAAUAAGUUUAAUGCAACAUAAACAUACAACUUUUAUUCGACUAUAUCUGUGCGAAUAUUACAGGUACAAUAAUUUUACGUAUAUUGUCAGAUAGCUGGUGAAUUCAGCUACAUUUUGGUACGAGCUAUAAUAUUGUAGCUAGAAUAUUGAGCGUUGCCUAAACGAGGGUGUAAAAAUUGCCGUCGGAAUACACAUUCUAGUCGGACAAUAAAAUGUCUGGUUUUAGGCAUGAGGUUCAACCGCUUAUAUUAAUUCGAAAUUUAACGACAUACACCCCCAACGCGGAUGGUUUGAAAGCUUAUGACAAUGCCUACAUUUUAGUUGGACUUAUAUUCAGGUUAGUAGAAAAUUCGCCGAGAAAAUGUUCGCAACAAACUGUUGUUAUGCCAUGGAAAUUCAAAAAUAUCUAUUACAUUUUCAAAAUCUCGCCUUGCUGCGCAUGUAAACACACGCAUUUGAAGCUUUCAAAAUAUAUAGUUAUAAACCUUUAAAGACACAGUUGAAACGAAAACUUAUUAAAAUUGAAACGGCCUAUUUUGAAAAUAAUGAUUUUCUUGAAAAUCCGCCAUUGUCCAUUGAUUUUGCGUCCUCGUUUCACCGACACUGUAUAAUUAUCAAAAUCGAGUUUCAAAUCAACAGUAAUCAGUAUUGAUAAAUAGUAUUCACUAUAAAAACUAACCUUCACUGUGUUUCCUCCAGAAUAUUAAUUAAAAUAAAUAGAAUAUCAUCAGCCUUGCACAAAAUCCGAUUUCUUGAGGUUGUUUAUUAACAACUUAAACAUUUGUGGUGAUUAGGGUAAAUAAACAUCUAUGUAUCUACCUAAUUUUUCUUGAAAGUAACUAUUUAGAGCCUGGAUGUACGUCUAGCAGUAAACACUAAACGUCACUAUAUUUUCUUUGUCACUAUUUGUCAUCGGUCAAUGAAUUCUUUAGCUCCAUACACGCCGUACACGCAAUGUGACUUACGAAAUGUUUGAAUCUGAGUGUUUCAUUUUAUUCAAACUUGGUUUAUUCUUUAUUGUCGAAAUAUUCUAACACGGAUAUACUCCGUUAUAACCAAGACAUAUAUAGCCAUUUCAUAGGGGGCUUAGCAUUGCUACAAGUAGCUUCAGGCAAUUAUUGUGGCUUUUUUCCGAAGAAAUAAACGAUUUGCAUGGGUUCACAAUCCGCAAUCCGCAUCCGCAAUCCGCAUCCGCAAUCCGCUACCCGUAAAGUCUACCAUGCCCUAUUGCGUAUCGUACUAGCGUAUGCCAGCGCAUGAAAAAUAUCACUUAUACGCCGGUAUAUGCUUCUCACACGUUUCUCUCAUACGCAAUAGUGCGACAGGGCCUUAAAGAAAGCUUGAUAUGUUUUCUAUUGCUCAAUAUACAUAUGAGUGCACGUGGUUCAAGUAAAAAUGGAACCGCACAGCUAAUACUAUAACUAACAUUUCACUUUUACUUGAACCACUCGACAUAUAUCAUAUUUCAAUUUUAGCAUUAGCCGUGGACUUAUCAAAAGUGCAAG